AUGAGCAGCUUAACCAACUUCACAGGACAGGCGUAUCAGCCACAGGAGGAUAAAUAUUUCGAUGACGGCAGAGAAGUGGCUCUGUUGCAUUACAUCUACAACCACCCAAAGAUCUCAGAGAUUCGCGGCAACCCUCAAAAGCUCAUCGACGCCAUUGACGAAUAUGGCAAGACCAAGAAGUACCUGAUGAAUGUUGGAGAGUACAAAUCCAAGAUCGUGGCAGACCUCAUCAAGGAUGUCAAGCCGCAGGUCAUGGUCGAGCUGGGCGGCUACGUGGGCUACUCGGCCAUCGCAUUUGGUGCUGCCUUCCGAGAGGCGGGCGGGAAGCAGUACUACAGUCUCGAGUACAACCCGGAGUUUGGUGCUGUGAUUUCCAGUCUGGUUGACCUGGCAGGCCUGCAUGACUUCGUGAGGGUUGAGAUUGGGCCAGCUUCCGCAUCACUCAGGAGGCUGCAUGCGGAGGCCAGGUUGAAGAAGAUAGACCUCAUGUUCCUUGAUCAUGUCAAGCCCCUCUACACGCCUGACUUGAAGCUGUGUGAGGAGCUUGGUGUGGUUGGUGUUGGUUCAGUGCUUGCUGCCGAUAACGUCGUCAAACCUGGGAACCCUCCAUACCUCGAAUAUGUCCGGAGUACAGUGCAGCAGAAGAGGGAAAAAUUCAAGAAAGACACCGGACUGAGCCUAGAAAGGCUGUCGGACUGGGAGAAACACAGAUACAACAUGGCCAAGGGGGGCCAAGUGGACGAAUCUGAAGUCCAUGGCAACCCCAACCUCAUCUACUCGAGCGAGUUCGUCGAAGGUUGGGAGCCGAGUGGUGUGCCGAUCGCGAAGUCUACCACAGUCUCAGUCGCCGAUUUCAACAUGUCGUCCAACACCAUCCUGCUCACUGGGGUCACGGGUUUCGUUGGGAAAGUCGUCCUCGAGGAGCUCAUGCGCCGCCGACAUGCGCAGGACCUAGAAUUUGAUCGCAUCCUGGUGCUGAUCCGAUCAUCAGGCAACCAAAACGCGCUAGAGCGAUACAGGUCGAGUGUUUCCAAGUCACGAUGCUUUUCAAGGCUCCCGAUGGACUGGGAUUCAGAUGUUGAGGUUGUGGCUGGCGACCUAAUGGAGCUGAACUGCGGACUCGGUCCUCAAAAUUUCAACGACCUGACAACCAGAGUGACUCAUGUUAUUCACUGUGCCGGAUGCGUCGCCUUCGACACGUCUCUCAAUGUUCUUCUCGCGGACAACGUUACCGCCAGCCUCAAUGUACUCUUCUUUUCGCAGCAAUGUGCGAACCUCCAACGCUUGGUGGUCACGUCGACGGCAUACGUCACUCCCAACAGGAAAGGACCCAUCUGGGAGCAACUGCCUGUCCUGCCGCAGCCCGCAAUGCAGAUAUUGGAGGACCUGCACGACGGAAGACGGGAUUCUGAUCACAUCCGCAGUGAGACAGGGCAUCCCAACAACUACACCCUCGCGAAAUGCCUCGCCGAGCAUUUUGUUGUUGAGCACAAGGGAUCAACACCUUUGACAAUCGUCCGUCCAAGCAUCAUAUCCGCGAGCUGGAAGUAUCCAUUUCCCGGGUGGAUCGACAGCUUUGCGGCGCUCGGUGGCCCCAUUUCUGCGUUCGCGCUCGGCGGCUUGAAGGUUUUGCACGGAGACCCUUCUGCCAUUCUCGAUGUUGUGCCAGUGGACGUCGUUGCCGAGUGCCUGAUCAAAGAAGCUCUCCAGAAUCAGGAUCUGAACGUCGACCACGAGACAGCGCCCGCAAAGAUUGUGCAAUGUGUCUCGACGACCAAGAAUGGUCAAAGCACAUGGGACAUCGUCGUCAAUACUAUCACGUACUUUGACCAGCCGGAGAACAUUCUUCUCUACAAGCCGAAAGGCUGGUACAUUGGGACGGACGAUCGGUGGUUUUACAUCUACGAGUUCUUUUUCCAGUACUUGCCAGUCAAGAUGACGGAACUCACGUCGCUCAUGACGCUGGACUGGAGCGGGGCAGCCAAGGCCAGAAGGAUGCUGACGAGACUGGGCCAGGUCGACACACACUUCCGCUACUUCGUCGACACCUACGACUACCGUUGUUCUACCGAGGUGCUGCCGGAUGAGUUUGACAGAAAGGCCUACAUGCAGAUAAUCCUGAGGGGUCUAAAAGACAACCUCCUCGUGCCACUUGUGGACAAAAUGAAAGCCAAGAGGGAUAUCCCGACUGAGUGA